AUGGCACUGCAGGGUUGUCCAACCACCAAGCUGCAGAAGAGGGCCAUGGAAAGAUUCUCCUACUCCAACGAUAACCCCAUCAAAUACAAUCCAACUUUGGUGGUAAUCCUCUCACUGUUAUGUAGCGUAACACACGCCACAGGCCAGCUACCUCAUGGAAUGAGAAGUGCACCUGCGCACCACAGGCAUCCCUUUGGUCACCAGGUCGAAGUUAUUUCAGACGGAGAGGAUCUUGGGUUACCUGUACCAGAUUCCUCUUUGACCACACAAUCUUGCACUGUGGCUGUGUCUGAUGAAGUUGAUGGUAUUGAAGACUUUUCGUCAAAGGCAGGCAACAACCGGCCUUCGCUACCUCUGAAACCUCAAUUGCAGCGAGUUGUAAGACCUACACCGCCCAUACGCCUGUUCCAAGACUGGUCUCAAUCGCAGUUUGAUCAUAUUACGACGUCGUCUACACAAUUCACAUCCAAGGAGCUUCCUCGCACUAAGGACCCUCCCCUGAAGCUCCCUUUGCGAGCAUGGGCAAUCGGUUUGAAAAUCUUCAGUGCGGAAGAUGGUUCCGAGCCCCCUGUCUUCGAGUAUGACCCGAAGAACAGACGUCUCACUGUGGCUGUACAUGGACAGUUUCAAUUUUUCCAGUUCCAACAAACCAAUGGGUUUGAAAACAUAACAGUCACGGCUGAUAAUAAAUCCUUGAAAGACAAUGUAGUCAUACAGCUACUGACGGUGAAAGACUGCAAGAUCUGUGAUAACAGAAAAUUAAUAGACGAGUUUGAACCCGUACGGACGAAGACAAGGGAUGGAUGCAAACGAUAUAUCAGAGCUUACUGCUUUCGCUUGGCUGACGCAGCGUCUACACACAACACUGUGAGAUUUAAUAAGCAAGGUCAUCGCCCUAGUCCAUUAAUUCCGGGUGGAGCCCCUGUAGAGGUUGCCUGCUUCAAUCAAUAUAUUAAUAUUGAGAGCACAAAUCAUUCAUCAAUUAUGGCAACCAAUAACUUACCUGUUGAGCUGUGGCUCCUUGUUUUUUCUUUCACCAAAGUCCUUGAAUUUUCCUUGAAUGACCUAGCUGCACUGUGCCAGGUGUGCAUUGCCUUCCACCAUGCAGCAGUCGACUAUUUGUACAAGUCCAUCAUGGUCGACAACUCUGAUGUCUGCACUACCCUUGCAAAGCAUCCCCAUCUUGCAGAGAAAGUCAAGUCAUUCAUCUUUACAUAUCCAACCAUUACAGAGUAUAAAGGUCCUGAGGUGCACUUGGAUAAUCUCACAUUAGCCCUCAAAAAUAUGACCUGCCUCUCGACACUCAAGCUUAUUCAUUCCCAGAAGCGCUACUCAUCUGUCCUUCGAUACUGUGAUGCCAAACUUCAUGUUUUUCAUUGCACCUAUGACGUCGACCGCCAAUUCCUAUCCUUCUUAAUCAAGCAGGACAACAUCCGUGAUCUCGCUAUCACUGCGCCCGGGGAUCCAAUAUUAGAUCAAGAUACUUUCUUUGAGCUCUCAGAGAUACUUCCUCCCACAUCUCUGCCACAUCUAACAGAAAUAUCUGCUUCCCUCUAUUUUUUACACGCCCUUGUGCCUGGGCGCCCGCUUCAAACUCUACGGUUCAAGGUCUACCAUGGACACUCCAAUCAAUGGGGUCUCAAUGACAUUGUCAGCCACUCCACAGUGCCUGUCAGGAAUUUGGGACUUGAUCUCACGAUUUGGCCCUUGCCAUUAUUAUAUAAUCCUCAUGCACAACUUCCAAAUGUUGAGGAAAUCACACUGACGGGUUUCACUACUAAGCGCCGGUUUGUAGUUGGGGGACUUGGAAUCUGGGAAUGGGGAGAUGAUGUACAUCGCAUACUGGCAAACGCGCCAAGUUUGAAAAGGCUGACAUUCUGGAUGGAGGGAGAGCGUGAAGAUGCAUGCACAUGGGCUCAACUUCUCUUCCAGGAGUUCCAUGAUAAGCUGUCCCAUCUUGAGCAGGUCUCGUGCAUGAUUGUUGGACCAGACAUGUCAACAUCAUUCGACUUCUUUGAGGAAAAGUCGGGUUGCCUCGUGAUCGGGCCUCAUGAGGAUAAUCAAACUCGGGGCCAUCGGGCCGCACAUGACAUUCGGGAGCUCAUGCCAGUUCCUAUCUUGUGUUGUUGGACGGGCGAGAAGGACCUUUGCGAUAGAAAGACAUGGAGGUCCCUCCAGCUUGAUCGCAGAGAAAUGGAGGGACGGAUGAAAAUGAAGGCAUUGAAGACUUGA